CGAAAUAAUACGGCUAUUUUACGUUUUCAUUUAUUUUUCCAGUUUUCGCGGUGCCUUUUGCGCAUGCGUAAUGAAUAGCCGCGCAAUAAGCCUGUCAUCAUCUCUGGUACGCUACCGAAAGACCCACAAUGGCCUCACUCGAGUCAUACAUGCCAGCAAUUUAUGAUAUGUUUAUGAAUGGAGUGACAUAUCGAGAGAUGUCUGAAAGGCUGCGAGAAAUGGGUGUCCAGCGGGGAAACUCUGAGAUCAGUAUCCGGAGACAAUUUGCCAGUCAUAAUCUGCGGAGAAAAGGACACUCCUCUGAUUCAGACCUUGAAAUUGCAGUCUCUCGAGCAAUACAUCAGCUUAUGGCCGUAAAAUGAUGACAGUUGGGGUCCGUGCAGGGGAAUGCCGAAUCGGACGUGUUCUGAGAGCAGCCCAUGCCCCUUACCAUGAAGAACGGCGUAAAGGUACCCGUAACUUUAACCCAAACCCAUAUAAUGCAGAAUACAUGGGACACAAGCUACACAUGGACCAAAAUUAAAAAUUGGUCAUGUUUGGAGUGACUCAUAAUUGCUGUGGAUGGAUACAGCAAGAAAAUUGUUGCAAAUGCAAUUAUGUCUACAAAAAACAAUCUGGUCAUCUAUGAUGCUGUUUACAGACCUGCAGUAACACAUUAUGGAAUGUGGGAUCAGCUUCGUGUGGAUCAUGGCAAAGAGUUUUACCUCUGUCUGUUCAUGCAAGAGAGGCUGUCAGAAUAUAGACACAACCAGCAGAGAGCGCCGUACCUACAAACUCAGUCAACAAGGAAUCACACUGUGGAAAGGAUGUGGCCAGAAAUCAACAACCGGAUAAAUUACCCACUAAAACAGGCCCCGGUACAGCUACAAGAUCAGGAAGCAAUUGACAUGGAGGACAGCCUGACGAGGUUCUGCACAUCCAAUCUGACUGUCCAGGUGUGCCAGAUUGGAAUGAAUAGAUUUGUGCAUUCAUGGAAUGCUCACAGGAUCCCAGGGAGAGGGAUACCAAAUCAGCUGGCUGGGACAGGAACACCAAGAAAAAUUACAGCAGAUCCUCUACCAGAUGCCACGGUAGCAGCUGACAUGUAUGACAGUGACAUGGGAUCAUCUCUCACCAGAAUAUCUUCUUUUGGAAGUGACCCCUUUCUGUCCGAGAUAGACAAAGUGAGAGCAGAACAGCACUUUUCACAUAAUUACCCUGACUUUGCAGUUCUUUUUGACAGUGUUGCCAAUUAUAACUAUGUCCCAUUCAAAGAGGCUUUGAUCUACCUGAUUAAUGUAACAAAGAGAUUUUCCUAAUUUCAUAUACCCUGGGUCAUGUGGAACCUUGUCAUAAAUUGAGGGAUAGCCUCGCUAUGAUGGAAUGCAAAUUUUAGCACUUAUGUUCUGUUUAAAUAUACAUACUGUAAA